ACUUCGAUUUAUUGACUUUACUGCCAUCGUUAUCAGGCAUUUGAAGCCUAAUGUGCUUCCAGUUGUUACAUUAACAGCGUUGGUUUAUGACUGAGAGUAAAUCUGACAACACCACAUUCCUCAUAAGAGGUCGUGCUGGAACUCUGUAGGCUUAAAGGAAAUCUAAUAUGAAAUGUUGCACGUGGAAAUAAACAUUGUUAGGUGUCUCUAUUCCUGUUUGGCUCGCUGUGCUUUGCAUGAAAUACCAAAUGAAUUUACUAAAUGAAACCAAGCCACAGACACUCCAGCUGUAGCUCUUUUUUCUCUCUUGUGGGCAGUUUCUGUCUCUACAUUAUUGAUUCCCAGAGACUGCUGCUGCUGGCCAAUAGGCUCCUGAGACAGAUUUUUUUUUCAAAGGGAUGGGAGCAGAUGAAGUGAUGAGAUUCGUGUAACUUUUGGAUGACCCCUUCUUGACAAAGACAGUGUCCAUCAAUUGUCCUCACUCUUUAUUCGCUGUCUUUAUGCCAAGGGGCUUUUUGUAUCUUUUGUUGGUUUCUCUGUUGAACACCAUGCUUUUAAGUUAGACUUUACAAACCAGAAAUCAGCUUUGAUGAAACAUCAGCAUGCACAGAAGACAAAUCCCCAUUUGUAAUAUUCUGUUUUGUUUUUCCACAAGUUUCGUAAGUUCAAUAUUGUGCAUAUUUUCCCCCAAUUUUGUCUAUUUAUUUAUUUUAAAAUCAUCAUUUUCUGUCUUCCAAACACGUACGCAGAUGUUUCAAGAUAAUAUUUGGGUUUUUUCCCCAUCAGGGUCUAAUUUCGGUGUAUCUUAACUCGGAUAAAAAUGCAUUUAGUUGUAUGUUUACCCGUGUUUGGACCCGCAUCACCUCUAUUGGCCGAUCUGGUCACAUGGUUCGCUAACUUUAUUCAGUUGACACCAAGUAGGAGGGCUUUAUGGAGGGAGGAAAAAAGACAACUCGAGAAAAAUUAGUAUUUUCUACCUUCAGAAAUUAAUGGCCAUGAGUUCGUAUAUGGUGAACUCUAAGUAUGUGGAUCCCAAAUUUCCUCCCUGCGAGGAAUAUUCACAGAAUAACUAUAUACCUGAGCAGGGCUCCGACUACUACAGUCCAUCGCAGGACACAGACUUUCAGCAUCCAGGGAUCUACCCACGGUCAAACUACACGGAGCAACCCUUCAGCUGCAACACUGUGCAGGACUCCACAGUGCAACCACGGGGUCAUGUGCACGAGAGAGCCAGCCACCCGAGCCAUUUUAGCGCACAGACUGAGCAGGGGACUCCGGUCCAAGUGGCCGGACCCCGGACUUGUGGACAGCAGCAAAACACAAAGAGCCAAAAUGGGAUACAAGCCAAGCAGCCAGCAGUAGUUUACCCCUGGAUGAAGAAAGUUCACGUAACUACUGUGAACCCGGAUUACACGGGAUCUGAACCCAAGCGGUCCAGAACAGCUUACACCCGGCAGCAGGUUCUGGAGCUAGAAAAGGAGUUUCAUUUUAACAGGUAUCUGACCAGGCGGCGGCGGAUUGAGAUUGCCCACACUCUUUGUCUCUCCGAAAGGCAGAUUAAAAUCUGGUUUCAAAACAGACGGAUGAAAUGGAAGAAAGAUCACAAACUACCCAACACCAAGGGCAGAUCUGCACCAGUCUCCAACCAUCUGCAGAGCAUUCAGAAGGAUAACCAGACUGAUAUCACAGCAUUAUAAGAAAGGAAAGUGGUCCUGUCCUUAGAGACUAACUGUAUAUAAAAAAGACAAAAGUUGCAUCUGACUUUUGCAUGGACUGAUGUCGUUUCUAGCCAUUUUGUUUUUAAUUUAACAAACAUGACCCUCCAGCAUUGUUGCCUCGAGUCUGAGUGAGAAAAUCAAUCGGUCUUUAAAACCGAGAGGUUUGCAAGCUGAGCCUCUUCUGUGUUCAAAUUUCCUCAAAGAGACAGAAAAAACGUCGAAAUAAACUUUUCCUCCCCUCUUUUUCCGACGUUGCCCCCUCUGAGGAGACAUUUAACAAGCAGCCUCGGCCGAUUCAGUGGAUUUAAACAAAGUGUCUCUGCUCUUCUCACGUGGAUUCAGCUGAUUUAAACAAUGAAAUAUCUUUGCUUAAAAACAAAACAAUGAGAUCAUUUGAAAUUACACACACAUACACAAAAGUUAUUACAGCUUUCAGCACAGAAAUUAUUUUAGCCAAUUGAAAAAUUCACAUUAAACGCACAAUAUAUAUAUAUAUAUAUAUAUAAAUGUAUACUUGAAGGAAAUAUUAUUUGCAUAUAGAGCACGCCAAACACUCCUCAACCUUUUUCAAAAAUCCCCGCUGAAUCUUUUGUGACUUGUAUGUUUUAACUUAUUUUGUACAAAAAAAGCUUUGAAAUUUUAAAAUGUUAUUUCCCAAACACAAGACAUUCCUGUGUGCAUACUAUUCAGAGUGCCCUUAUAAAUCUUUCCUGACAUCUUUGUAAACAGUGUACAUUUUCAGAGGCUCUCUUGUGCCAUUUAAAACUCUCCUAUGAAAGAUCAUUUGUUCUUGCAUGGCAUCAAAUUGAUACUAGAUGUUUCCAAUCGGAAAUAAUCAAAUCCUGGAGAUUUAGCAGUAUUUUAUUUUUUAUUUUUCAGACGAUUUCUGCGUCAUUAUUUAUUUGUUUAAAAACGUGUAAAUUUUUUCGUAUAGCACACAAUUUAAUUAAAAGUAUUCGUUAAACCUUUAUUAUUCCGAAAUAUGUUUGAACUCUUGUGCGUUAUUAGCAUGGCCUUAUGCAAAGUUUUAGUCUUAGUUAAAAUGGGAAUCUUCUAGUUUUUUUUUUUUUUCCAUUCACAACCAAGCUAUCCGUGGGGCUCUUUCAGGUCAUGUUUCAAGACAGAUAUUUCUUGUUUUAUACCGUCUUUGUCCUCGGACAAAAAGCCAAGAAGCUCUCCCAGUAUGUGGAGGUCUCCUUUCUGAAGUCUUCUUGACGAGAGAGUUGAAAAGGUAUUUCAACCGAAGGUCGACAAAGCAGCAGUGGCAGGUUCAUCCAGGGGACACAUUUCAGCCGCAAGGACUGACCCCAGCACCCCUGACCCGCCGGACAGGCAGCAUUUUCUCUCCCAGGCGCUGUUCGCUUUGCUUUGGAGGACUGUUCCACCCUUAAAAAAAGAAAAAAAAGGCUAAAGCUGAUUCAAAGUAAGAGCCGCUGAAUUCCUCGUUUUACACGUGUUUAAACAGUAUUUAUACCAGGCGAAGCCCCCGAAAAGGUUCUGAUUUGUGCGUUUGUCUCCUCAUGUCUAUAUGCAAUCUUUUCGUUUUUAUUUUUGUACAUGCUUUUUACCUUGUACGGUGCAUUGAGAUGUGAGAAGUAUAUUGAAUAAAAAAAUAAAGAUUUCUACUGAUUAUG